UGAGCCUGUUUAACCCACACCUGACGAAGGGAACGAUCAAACAAAAGAAGCCAAAAUGGUGAAAUGGACAGACUUUGAGCGUGCCACCAUCCAGGACAUCUUCUCCAAAAUUGAUUAUGAUGUUGUUGGCCCAGCUGCUCUCUCCAGGUGUCUGAUUGUCUACCCCUGGACUCAGAGGUACUUUGGUGGCUUUGGAAACCUCUACAAUGCGGCAGCUAUAACAUCGAACCCCAAAGUGGCGGCUCAUGGAAAGGUUGUCCUCGCAGGUCUGGAGAAAGCUGUGAAGAACAUGGAUGACAUUAAGACCACAUACAAAGAUCUUAGCGUGCUGCACUCUGAGAAACUGCAAGUUGACCCUGACAACUUCAAUCUCCUGGCAGACUGCCUGACCAUUGUUGUUGCUAGUCAGAUGGGUGCAGCCUUCACCCCUCAGGUCCAUGCAGCUUUCCAGAAGUUCCUGGCUGUAGUGGUGGCCUCCCUGAGAAAGCAGUACUACUAGACAGCCUCUUCUCCUGCAAUAAGAGAAUAAAUAAAUAAAACAGUAUUUCUUUUUGAAAAAAAA